AUGAAGGAAGGAGGUACGCCUCGGGGCCCUAAUUCACCCCAGGCUGUUCGCUACUUCUCACCACCCAACACAGAUGUAAUGAGGUUAAGUGGUGUCCGUAUAAAAGAACUCCUUUCCUACAUCUGCCUGCAGGGUGUCCUGCUGUUAGGUGUUGAGUCCUUGGGGCGUCUCUUUGUCUUGCUGGACCCGCUGUGGAUCUGGGUCAGGUUCAGCCAGCUCUUUAAUGACUCUGUCCAUUCCCACAACCAGGGAGGGCCCAGCACCCUGCACAAACUGCAUGACAAGCUGGGGAGUUGGCCAAGGGAACUGCCUGUAAAACCAGGGUUUGCCUGCGUGAGUGCCCACAAAUAUGACAUGUACACGCAUGUGCCUUGGAACUGGGAAGCUUUGGGGUGCACGGGCCCCUCUCUGCUCCUGACAGUUUCCCCCUUGUCCCUCCCCAGCUGCCGGAGGGGGAGUCUCUUCCUCCUCAGGGCUGAGCCUUGGGAAGACCACAACUGUGAGUACAAAGAUGUGAGUGUUGUGUGCUCAGACUCAGGCAUUUCAGAAGUGGCUCAGCUCCGACUGGUGAACGGUCCGAGUAGAUGCGCUGGGAGAGUCGAGAUGCUUCACAACCAGCAGUGGGGAACCGUGUGUGAUGACAGCUGGGACAUAACUAAUGCUGGAGUCGUGUGCGGGCAGCGGGGCUGUGGAACAGCGUUAUCAGCCUCAGGCAGGGCUCGAUUUGGGCAAGGAUCAGACCGUAUCUGGCUGGAUGACGUUCACUGCACAGGGACAGAAGCUGCCCUCUCCGAAUGCAGGGCUAGGCCUUUGGGAGACAGUAACUGUAACCACAGAGAAGAUGCCGGUGUUGUGUGCUCAGACUCUGGCAUCUCAGAACUGGCUCAGGUCCAACUGGUGAAUGGUUCGAGUCGCUGCGCUGGGAGAGUGGAGGUGUUUCAUAACAAGAAGUGGGGAACCGUGUGUGAUGGCAGCUGGGACUUACAGGAUGCUGGAGUUGUGUGCAGGCAGUUGGGCUGUGGAAUGGUGCUAUCAGCCCCCGCCAGGGCUCACUUUGGGCAAGGAUCUGACCAUAUAUGGCUGGAUAAUGUCACCUGCACAGGGACAGAAGUUGCCCUCUCUGAUUGCAGGGCUCGGCCUUGGGGAGACAGUAACUGUACCCACGGGGAAGGUGCUGGUGUCGAGUGCUCAGACUUAGGCAUUUCAGAAGUGGCUCAGCUCCGACUGGUGAACAGCCCCAGUCGCUGCGCUGGGAGGGUCGAGGUGUUUCACAACCAGCAGUGGGGAACUGUGUGUGAUGACAGCUGGCACGUAACUGAUGCUGGAGUCGUGUGCAGGCAGCUGGGCUGUGGUACGGCGUUAUCAGCCCCAGGAAGAGCUCAAUUUGGGCGAGGAUCAGACCGUAUCUGGCUGGAUGAUGUUCACUGCACAGGGACAGAAGCUGCCCUCUCCGAUUGCAGGUCUCGGCCUUUGGGAGACAAUAACUGUAAUCACGGAGAAGAUGCCGGUGUUGUGUGCUCAGACUCUGGCAUCUCAGGAGAGGCUCAGCUCCGACUGGUAAACGGUCCGAGUAGAUGCGCUGGGAGAGUUGAGAUGCUUCACAACCAGCAGUGGGGAACUGUGUGUGAUGACUGCUGGGACAUGACUGAUGCUGGAGUCGUGUUCAGGCAGCUGGGCUGUGGUACGGCGUUAUCAGCCCCAGGCAGGGCUCGAUUUGGGUGAGGAUCAGACCGUAUCUGGCUGGAUGACGUUCACUGCACAGGGACAGAAGCUUCCCUCACCGAAUGCAGGGCUCGGCCUUUGGGAAACAAUAACUGUAACCACGGAGAAGAUGCCGGUGUUGUGUGCUCAGACUCAGCCAUUCCAGAGCAGACUCUGCUCCGACUGGUGAAUGGUCCAAGUAACUGCUCUGGGAGAGUCGAGAUGUUUCAUAACCAGCUGUGGGGAAACGUGUGUGAUGACAACUGGGACAUAACUGAUGCUGGAAUCGUGUUUCCACAGCUGGGCUGUGGAAUGGCGUUAUCAGCCCCUGGAAGAGCUCAGUAUGGGCGAGGCUCUGACCUUAUGUGGCUGGAUGACAUUCACUGCACAGGGACAGAAGCUGCCCUCUCCAAUUGCAGGGCUCGGCCUUUGGGAGACAAUAACUGUCACCACGGAGAAGAUGCCGGUGCUGUGUGCUCAGGCUCAGGCAUUUCAGAAGUGGCUCCGCUCCGACUGGUGGAUGGCCCGAGUCGCUGCGCUGGAAGAGUUGAGGUGCUUCAUAACUAGCAGUGGGGAACCGUGUGUGAUGACAGCUGGGGCUUGUCUGAGGCUGAAGUCUUGUGCAGGCAGCUGGGCUGUGGGACAGCAUUAUCAGUGCCACUUGGGGCUCACUUUGGGCAAGGAUCUGACCGUUUGUGGCUGGAUGAGGUUAACUGCACAGGGGCAGAAGCUGCCCUCACUGAAUGCACGGCUAAGCCUUGAGAGCAUAGCUGUAACCGUGGAGAAGAUGCCGGUGUUGUGUGCUCAGGUAACCCCCAGGGCGGGAGGAGCCUGUGCUGCUGGAAGUGGGGUGGGGGCUCUGCAGAGGGUCCUAACCCCUGAGAAUCAGCCUAGGUGUGGUGGUGUAUGUGUGCGUCUCUGUACCUGUUUGUGGCAGUGUUUGUGCAGGUGUGUGUGAAGGGGUGUGCAUGGGAGUCUAUGAAUAUCUGCAUACAUGUGCAGCAGUGCAUGUGUGCAUGUGGCAGUGUGUGUGUGUGUGUGUGUGUGUUUGAGGCAGUGUGGGUGUGCAUAGGGACAUAUGGGGGUUAUGCAUGGGAUUGCGUGUGUGGGGGUGCAGUGUGUGUGUGUGUAUUUGUGAGUGCAUGCGUGCACACGGGUGGGGUGAUAUAGAAAUGGCUCCUCUCUGCUCUGUGCAGACACGCACACCCCAUCCGCGUGCGGUGCCGGGUAUCCAGGCACGUGGCGGCAGGGAACAGCCUCUCGUGCCCUGUGCUUUGUGUUUCAGAUCAGGGCCAGCUGAGGCUGCGGCUGACAAGUGGUCCAAGCU